AUGGCUGCCGCCGGCCAGGAAGGACAGUGUGUGGGUCAGCCGGCGGCAGCCCUAGUCAAGUCACCCUCACUUUCGUCUCAGUCAGCAGUUCCUUGCCAAGGGAAGUCAAAAAAGUGUUUGGUGUACCCGAAUCCUCCGAAGAGUUCCCGCCUGCCCCGAUGCAUUCUGCGCUGGCUCCAAGGCCUAGAUCUCAGCUUCUUUCCCAGGAACAUCAGCAGGGAUUUUUCAAAUGGCUUCCUGAUUGCAGAGAUAUUCUGUAUAUAUUACCCCUGGGAUCUUCAAAUAACAUCCUUCAAAAAUGGAUGCUCUUUAAAAGUCAAGUUGGAUAAUUGGGCACAGAUAGAAAAGUUUAUGGCAAAAAAGAAACUUAAGUUACCUCAAGAACUAAUCCAUGGGACUAUUCAUUGUAAAGCUGGAGUACCUGAAAUAUUGAUACAAGAGGUUUACACUUUGUUAACACAUCGAGAAAUUAAAAGUAUACAGGAUGACUACGUGAAUUUCACAGACUAUAGCUACCAGAUGAGUUUACCUCUGGUUCCCAGAUCUACACUUUCGAAGUCCAUUAAGGAUAAUAUUAGACUAACAGAAUUAUUAAGCAAUCCCAAUAUGCUCAGCAAUGAACUUAAGAUAGAGUUCCUCUUUCUUUUACAGAUGUUGCAAAGAAAACUAACCAGACAAUUGAAUCCAGCACGGUUUGAAGUGAAACCAACAGUGGGAGAAAUUACCCUUGAUCAUCUUCUUGCCCAGCCCCCUGGGCGCAAAUCUCAUGCAAGGCUUCAAAAGGAAAGAGCUGCUCCUCCUCUUUCAAAAACAGGUAGUGCUGGCAGUUCACACAAGCAAAUUCCUGUGAAGCAAUCGGGAACACAUUCUUGUACUUCGAUUAUGAAGCCUGCCAUAAACAUGGAAAAGGAACCUUGAAAAGGAAGCUUGCCACAUGGCUUUGAAGAAAU